AUGGCGGCGGAGCGGCUGCGGAGCGCGCUCGGAGGGUGGCGGCUGCCGGAGCUGGCCGCAGUGUGGGUGGACACGGUGUGGGAUGUGGAUUUCACGGAGACCGAGCCUCUGGAGCCUUGGAUAGCGGAGGAGAUCACGGCCGAUGGGCUCGACACCUUCACCCGCCUGUACAGCGCUCUGGCGCCCUUUGCUGCCGGGGACCAGGAGAGCCGAGAGAAUGUCUGGACCUUGUUUGCUGAGAGCAGCCUGUCCCACCAGGCCCUGGUGGCCGUGCUGCAUCACUUUGUGCACGUGGGCCAGCACAAAAGAGCCAACGCACAGCAGAGGGUGUUUGCUCUGCACUCAGCUGGCCUCUACCUGCUGCUGCUGGAGAUCCCAGGCAGCAUAGCCAACCAGGUGUUCCACCAAGUGAUGUUUGAUAAAUGUCUUCACACCCUGACAAAAUGCUGGCCUCAAGAGGUGAAGAAAAGGAAGAAGGGACAAUCUCAAAGCUCUCAGCCCAAUGCCAGAAGGAACAGAAAGAAAGGGAAACCAAGCAGGAACAACACCUCCAGUAUGGAAGAGAUGUUGGAAGAGGAGAAGGAAGAGGAUGAUGAGAAUGUUUACCUCUCAACAGAAAAUCUCCUCCAAGUCCGCAAUGCCAUCUUCCUUCUCUUGAAAAACUUCCUGAGGCUUCUGCCCAAGUUCUCCCUAAAAGAAAAGCCUCAGUGCAUGCAGAACUGUGUGCAGGUCUUUGUUGAGAUGACCAGCUUUGAGCCAGUGCUCCACGAGUUCCAGUUUUCAGCAGCCAUGGAUGUUAAUAAAGCCAAGUACAUUCCUGAGCUGGCCUAUUAUGGACUUCACUUACUGUGCUCCCCUCUCCACAGCACAGAGGAUAAGACCCUUAGGUGUGUGUUCCAGCGGCUCCUCAGCGUUGUUCUGAUGGUGGAGAGCACUGGGGGCUCCAGGCGUGAGGCCCUUCCCAUCACAUCAGCUGUGACCAGCGCCAGGAACCAGGCUGUGAAAUUCAUCAGUUCUCUGGUGGAGGAGCUGAAGGAAGCUGUUUAUCCUGUUCUGCGAAUCCUGCUCCAACAUAUCUGUACCAAGGUCCCAGACAAGGGUGAUUAUCGCACCUACGCUGCCCAGGCCCUGGUGACCCUGCUGGACAAACUCCCCUGUGCAGAGUUUGCUGAAUUCAUUGCUUGGCUUUAUAAAUACUCACUCACCAAAGUUUCCUACAGAGUGUUUGCUCUUGAUGUAGCCUUGGCUUUGUUGGAGCUGCCAGAGAGGAGCCCAGGCAGCUCCUUGUCCCAGGAUCAGCAGAGUUUGCUAAAGCACAAGUUUUUAGUGCAGGUCAUGGUGUUUGGCCGGUGCUCAGACAAAGCCCCCGUGGUCCGGAGCAAAGCUCUCAGCAGCCUCGCCCAUUGUCUCGAGAUGAAAGCUGCUGCCACCUUUGAGAGCAUUCAGGACUUACUACAGAGCUCCUCUGUCCGCACAGUGUUGGAAGCGAACACAAACACUGCGAGCGUGACAGUCAGUGCAGAAGGUAUAGAGUCAUUCUCUUCCACUGUGUCCAACCAUCCACUGAGGACCUUGCCAACUUGCAGAACUGUGGAGCUGACAGACAGCAGUGACACUGCUGGGCCUGAUGGAAAAGAAGUCAUGGCCAUGCUGAGGAUGAGAGCUGGAGAUGAGAAAACCAACGUGAGGAAAUCUGCCCUGCAGGUGUUUGUGAGCCUCCUAAGGCAGGGAGUGGUGCCCUGCACGGCCGAGGAGCUGGAUGUGCUGCGGGAGCGCUGCCGGGACCCCGCCGUGUCCGUGCGGAAGCAGGCGCUGCACUCCAUCACUGAGCUGCUCCUGUCCCAGCACAGCAAUGUCCUGGUGCAGAAGGCCUGGUUGAACGGAGUGGUGCCUGUGGUGAUGGAUGCAGAAAGCUCUGUCCAAGAAAAGGCCUUGGAUUGCCUUGAUCAGCUCCUGCUGCAGCACAUUAAACCUUAUCAUAAAUCCAGGAGUGGUGAUGAGAAGCAGGAGCUGGCGUGGGAUCUGCUCUCCCUGUUGUCUUCAGAAAGCCAGGAGCUCAGCCGUUACCUGAGCAAAGCCUUCCUUAUGUGGUCCAAGCAGAACAAGUUCACCUCCACUUUUGUCAAUAAUGUCAUGUCUCACGUGGAGACAGAGCAUUCCAGGGCAGCUUGGAUGCUGCUUGCCAAGGUGGCUGGCUCUUCCCCCAAGCUGGAUUACUCCAAGAUCAUUGAAUCCUGGGACAGCAUCAGCAGGCAGCAGGACACGAGUGGUGGCACCGUGGGACACGUCCUGUGUGUCAUUGGGCACGUGGCAAAGCACCUCCCCAGGAGCAGCUGUGAGGGGCUGAGGGGGAGCAUCCAGAGCUGGCUGAGGGAGUCUCAGUGUCCCCUGGAGGUGAUCAGCCCAGCCGUGGAGACCCUGCAGAAGCUCUGCCAGGCCUCUGCAGCUGCACCAGAGGAGGCACAGGAGCUGCUCAACCAGGUGUGUGGAGAUUUGGUAUCCACCUGUGAGAGCUACAUCUCCAACAUAGUCCUCAAGGAGGAUGGAGCAGGGCAGCUGCAGGAAGAUCUCUUGGUCAGACACCUCUUCCUGCUGGGAGAGGCUGCCCAGCUGUGCCCAGCCAAGGUGGACAAACACAUCUUCCUGGUGGUCCAGUCCAUCCUGGCCUCCUCUGGCAGCGAGGACCAACGGUCAGCUUGCACAGACAGUGAGGAGAUGCCCAGCUCCCAGCCCCUGUCCCAGUUCAGGGGCUCAGCCAUGCCUCCCGUGGUCAGGGCUCACGCUCUCAUCACUUUGGGGAAGCUGUGCCUGCAGCACCAGGAGCUGGCCAAGAAGUGCAUCGCGGCGCUGGCGCGGGAGCUGGAGGUGUCGCCGGACGUGGCCGUGCGCAACAACGCGGCGCUGGUGCUGUGCGACCUGUGCGUGCGCUACACCUCGCUGGGGGACAGGUACAUCCCCAACAUCUCGCUGUGCCUGCGCGACCCGCACCCCUUCAUCCGCAGGCAGACCCUCAUCCUGCUCACCAACCUCCUGCAGGAGGAGUUUGUGAAAUGGAAGGAUUGCCUCUUCUUUCGGUUUGUCAGUGUCCUGGUGGAUCCAAACCCAGACAUUGCCAGGUUUGCAGAGUUCUGCCUGGUGCAUCUCCUGCUGAAGAGGAACCCUGUGAUGUUCUCCCAGCACUUCAUUGAGUGCAUCUUCCAUUUCAACAGCUACGAGAAACACCAGAAGUACAACAGGUUCCCCCAGAGCCAGAGGGCGAAGCAGCUCUUCUCUCUGAAGGGGAAGGAGAACAAGGAGAAGAGGAUGAGGAUCUACACCUUCCUGCUGGACCAUUUCACGGAUGAGCAGAGGUUCAGCAUCACCACCAAGAUCAGCCACAGCAUCCUAGCUUGCUUUGUGGAUGAGGUCCUUCCCUUGGACCCAGAAGGCAGUGAGCUGCUCUCAGAUACAUUUGCAGUCCUCAGCUGCAAAGAAAUCAAGCUCUCAAGUAUGAGGUCCAAACCUGAGGAGGACAUUCAGGCUGAUGAAGAUGAGAUGGCCAUGGCCAAUGCUGUCAUGCAGGUGGCCCAGAAAAAGCUCAUCUCACAGGUUCAAAAGAAGAAUUUCAUCGAAAACAUCAUCCCAAUAAUCACAUCACUCAAGUCCUUGAUGGAGCAGAAGAGGAUCCCAGCUCUCAAGGACCUGAUGAACUGCCUGAGGGAAAUGAUGCAAGACUACCGAAACGAAAUCAAAGACCUCUUUGCUGUGGACAAGCAGCUGGCAGCCGAGCUGGAGUAUGACAUGAAGAAAUAUGAAGAGCAGCUGGCCAGGGAGAAGGAGUCAGAGCAGGAGCAGCUCCCAGCAGCCCACAGAGAGCAGACUUCAUCUCUGGAGAGAGCUGCAGCUCCUGGUGGCCAGAAUAAUUCCAGUGCCCAGUCCUCAGGGGGUGGGAGGCCAUCCACAGCUGGCUCCAUCCCUCCCCCUGGCCCCUCUGAGUUUGUCACCCCUCGUGCUGAGGCUCUGAAACAGCCACUGGUGGGUCGCAGGGCAGCGUCCCUGAGCACCCUGGCCAUCCUCACCUCUGCCAGGAAGGCUCUGCAGGAGAGGUGCCAGCAGCGCAGCAGGAGCAUGGGCAGGAGCCUGUCAGCUUCCUCCGAGGCAGCAGCGGGCACAGCUGGCAGACAGCAAGUCUCCUUCCAAAGCCUGAACCAACAGUCCGGCGGAGGAACCAUGGCUGUGGUGGGGAGAGCAAUCAGCACCCCAGAGGAGACCUUGAGUGAGUUGACUUUUGGUGCUGGGGUCAGCCGCAUCAGCCCGAUGCUCACACCCCAUUCAGCUCCAGGGAAGGAAGAGGCUGAGGACGGGCCAAGGGAUAUCAUCUGUUUGACAUCGCCGGAGAAACCCCCCAGCCGGCCCAGGGAGUGGAAGGUGGAGUCCCCAGCCCGGAGGAGCGGCCAGGCGGGGCCCCUGCGGCGCUCCCAGCGCAGAAACCCCCCGAGGGCAGACACCUGAGAGCGGCACCCUGAGCUGCACACAGAGCUGCACACAGCCAGCAGCCUCCUGAACUGCCCCUGGGACUGGAAACGGCUGUGCAUGCUCAUCCUGCCCUGUCUGCUCUGAGCUGGCUGCCCCCAGAGCUGCACACAGCCACCAGCCUCCUGAACUGCCCCAUGGAUUAGAAAUGGCUGUGCAUGCUCAUCCUGCCCUGUCUGCUCUGAGCUGCACACUGAGCUGCACACAGCCACCAGCCUCCUGAACUGCCCCAUGGAUUAGAAAUGGCUGUGCAUGCUCAUCCUGCCCUGUCUCCUCUGAGCUGCACACUGAGCUGCACACAGCCAGCAGCCUGCUGAACUGCCCCAUGGAUUAGAAAUGGCUGUGGAUGCUCAUCCUGCCCUGGCUGCCCCCAGAGCGGCACACUGAGCUGCACACAGCCAGCAGCCUCCUGAACUGCCCCAUGGAUUAGAAAUGGCUGUGGAUGCUCAUCCUGCCCUGUCUGCUCUGAGCUGCACACUGAGCU